CUACCUGGACGUUCUCCUAAAAGCUGGAAGUGCAUUUUGCAGAGAGCCUCGUCUUCAUGUCGAACCAGGCCGCAUCACACCCCCCAGGGCCCCGCAUUUGACCAAAAGUCGCUCCCACGGCUCUUCCCGUCCCACUUGUAACACUCACUUCUUGCUUCUUCGACUGCUUUUUGCUACUUGCAUUGCACAGACUUGGGCCAGACCCUUGGCGACCAACCAGUCCAGUCCGCCAGACUACUCUGUAACACGCGCACAUCCCCCGAUUACCUAUUAGUCGUAUCGUGUCGGUGAUAAUGUCGGGCUUGGAGAUCCUCGGUGUUAUCCUGGGCCUGUACCCAGUCAUCGCGGAACUGGCCAAGAAGUAUAGGCAAAUGAAGGGCACCGACUCAAGAGAGCUCGACAGAACCGUCGACGUCACAUCGGCCAUCUACGACGCCACUGUCAGGGGCCUUCUAGCCUCUGCCGUCUCACCACAAGAAAUGCAUCGCCUUGCCCCGACUCACGGCCCCAUUGACCAAAAUCUCUGGGAGGACUCCAACCUACAGCAAAAGCUCCUCACCCGUCUCGGUCAAGAGAAAUUCGAUCUCACCAUCGACUACCUGACCCAGAUGAAGAAGCUGCUAGACCACGUAAAGCUCGAGCUCACGACCUUGUGUCGUAGCAAUGAGGGAUUUGAUCGCUUUAAGGCGGCUCUAAAAAGGACAGUUGCUGGUGCAGGAAGGCCGAGCAUAAGGGAGACAGUGAAGCAAGUCAGGCACCUCAACAAUGACCUCCGCGAACUCCUUGACGACAGGCCCUUCAGCACCCCCCAUCAGCAAUUCCGGGACCAGAGUGCCGCCAGCGAGGCCCUGCAGACAGAAGCCAGUACCCUCAAGGCCCGCGAGUUUUUCGACGCUAUCAAAGAGAGGUACACUUGUGCAUGUCCAAACCCACAUGUCAUCGGCCUUGGCUGCUAUUGCGCACCCUGCGUCCAGCCCUCGUCUGGCGGCGGGCUUGCCGUCCACACAACAGACGACUGGGCUUUUUGUUUGGCCUUCCCACCGGGCCUUCCCGAGAGGUCGGAAGACGACGUCUCGGCGACAAUACUUCUAGAGACCAUUCCCGAGAACGGCAUCGACGCAUCUUCCAUCCGGAAUCUCUGCGCCCUAGUCAAGCAAGCGACAGCAGAAUCCGACGUCCGCCAAGUUCUGCUCGAAACGGCCAGCGACAGCCAGAUGUACCGAAUGAAGGUGACCAAGCUCGACCCGAGCGGCUCCAAUCAGAAGCAGCAACCGACGAUCAGGUACUUUGCCGAGCUGAGGGAACCCAGCAACGGCUUUUCGACUAGGGAUAGACUCGGGCUGGCGCUUCGCCUCAGCUUGGCCAUCGGGCAGCUCUGCUCGACGCCUUGGAUCAGCGAGUCAUGGAGCUGGAACGACGUUUGUGUCACCCAAGCCGCCGGCACCGCUGUCGAGCACAGAAACAGCAACAGGGCGAGCACGGCAGCGGGAGCGGGAGCGGCAGCGGCAGCGGUCAAAUUCCCUGUCAUGUUCAUCCUCCAAGACAUGUACUCUUCCAGCUACGACACAGACAACGAGUCGACGGCCGCAACCCUCGCGGCGGUUCCCGCCAUGUCUGAGGUCCUCGACGACGAGCCCGUGCUGACCAAGCUGGGCCUGGCCCUGAUCGAGCUGGCCAUGGGCAGGUCGAUCGAGGAGAUGAAGAGGGAGUACGGUCCCGACGGCUCGGUCGAGGAACACCUCGCCAACAUCUACACGGCCAAGACGCUGCUCCAAAACGGCAAGAUCCGCAGCGAGGCGACGCGCGAGUACGAGAACGUGGUCAAGGUGUGCAUCGGGCGCCGGUUUUUCGACAAAGAUGGUAAUGUCAGGGGGCUGUUGUCCGAGGACAAGCUGUUCUUUUCCUGCUUCAGGGACGCCAUACUUGAGCCGCUCCUGGAGGUGUGGAAGAGGUACGAAUUGUAAAAAAGGGCCGGAAUUUGUAGCUGUAUUCUUUGUACAUAGCCCACAUGUGACCAAUUACUCGGGGAGUUGGACAAUGGAACUUGGUAACCCCUUAUGUGAGUCACAGAACUGAAUCUCGACCUUUUUGACUUGGCAAGGUUUGAUUUCCAGUCGGUGCCUGAAGCACGGACGUGACUCGGGGGCCAUAAACUGAAGAUGAAUCUUCUACGCACCGUCUUGCUUUACGUCCAUACCCAAAGCUUGGGCGGGUAGCUGUUGAGAUUGCUCAGGAUCCUCGGUUAAGCCUUGUUAUGGUUUGAGUUGUCAUGAUAAAGGCAUGAUGAAGCAUUUAUGUCAGAGGUAGAAUGGUC